GUGCGCCGUCAACACUCGCAACUGCAACGUAUCAGCGCACCGCGACGCCACGCGACGCGAAAAUCGGCGAAACGCGCGCGAAAUCAGCGUGACCGAAACUGAGUGAAAUUAACUAUGAAAAUGGACUAAGACGAACGACUCUGUCUGGUUGGCUUUUACAAGGAGGAAUGAUGAACCAGAGUCUUCUUGGGAACGAGUCCUGGUUGGAGGGUGGCGAUGCCGAGAAUGACCUUGAGGCAGUGGGACGCAUGCGCAGUGUCCUUGAACAGGUGCAAAUGUACUACGUGCCCGUUCUGGUGACCUUGGGCACAGCUGGCAACCUGCUCUCUGUCCUUGUCUUCUUCUGCACCAAGCUGCGCAAGCUGUCCUCGUCUUACUAUUUGGCCGCACUGGCAGCCAGUGACUCCGGCUUUUUGGCCACACUCUUCAUAGCCUGGCUGCCCAUCGUCAAUGUGCCACUCUUUAACAAACCGGUCAUCUGUCAGGCGUCUAUCUACCUCAAUUCGGUAUGCAGUUUCGUGAGCGUAUGGCUGGUGGUGGCGUUUACAGUGGAGCGCUUCAUAGUGGUGCUCUACCCUCUGCAGCGACAGGCCGUCUGCACUGUGACCAGGGCCAAAGCAGUGCUAGCCAUUCUGGCAAUAGUGGCACUGCUCACAUAUUCGCCUUACCUCAUCACAUCCGCACCUCAACUCAAGGCUGAUCCUCUCACGAACACGACACACGAGGUAUGCACGCUGCUGGACGGCUACCACGACCUGGCAUCGCUGCUCAACUCAGUGGACGUGAUGCUGACGCUGGUGUUGCCGUUCGUGCUGAUCGUGGCGCUCAACUCGCUCAUUUGCCGCACGGUGUGGCGUUUGGCGCGCAUCAGGCGCGGCAUGACGCUGCCUCCCUCCGAGCAGCAACCAGCGGCAGGUGGCGGCAACUGCACAGGUGGCAGUCGCCUGCACCGCAGCCGGAAGCUGCAGUCGAGUGGGGGGAGCAGCUGCGCAGUCGCAAUGAGUGCAGCCAGGCAGCCCAGGAAGCGAUCUCCCAGCUCCUCGGCCAAAGUCACCGAGAUGCUACUAGUUGUAUCCACCGUCUUCAUUGUGCUCAACCUGCCAUCCUAUGUCGUCCGGAUAUGGAUAUAUGCAUCGCCGCCGAGCCACAACGAGCACAACAACUGGCAGAUAAUCCUGCAGCACUACUUCCUUGUGCUGUUCAACACCAACUUCGGCAUCAACUUUGUGUUGUACUGCGUCAGCGGCCAGAACUUUCGCCGGGCGCUCGUGUCGCUGUUCUGUCGCCGCAGUCGCAGGCUCACUGAGAACACCACUGUCACAGUGCUAUCCGAGUUCAAUAGAUCGAUAUCGCGACGUCGGACGCUGACAACGAAGAACGGCGACUGGCAGAACGGGGAGCAACACGCGCUGACCACCUACAACCACAUAGGCAGCCACGACACCGCCAACUGAGGACGGUGCAGGCUGUGUCACAAGACAAUUGCUCACUCCACACUAACUACCAACUAGCUGCAACGCGUCUCCAGCAACUAUGACGAAUAAUGGUGCUGAUCGUCCGAAGUACGACAGUUGCGUUCAAGUCUGUUGUAUCAAAAUUAGGCCCGAAAGCAGGUACUCGGUUUAAACGGAGAAAUGUCAGAUGAUCGUUUAAACCCCGUAUAAAUCACAUUAUGAUAAAUGCAAAUCUACAAGUAAACGUGGUUUUGCAUUAAACGUAGAUGGUGCAUACGACUCUCAGAAGUUCGACAAAAGAACCUCGAUGAAAAAUGAGAAGCAAAGGAAAGCUAACAACACCUAAAAUAAGAAACGAUACCAGAGCUACGGUGUAGCUGAUUGUGUAUCAGCCUGCAACGAAAACUUGAUGCCGUGGAACUUGACAGAUUGCAUUUGUUUCAGUAUCUCAAUAAAUGGUCAAAAUAGGUACCGGUACUUGAUGAAAUGAUAACUUGACAAACUGAAACCCUCUACUAAUGUAAAUAAAUACUUGUUGAAUAAGUAAAUGAAAACUUCUUAUUGAUAUUAGAGUUCAGCAAAGAGCUGAGCCAUGGCUUACUUUAGAUAUAGUAGGCUGUGGCUGAACACAAAUUAAUGAAAGUUAUAAUAACAUGUAAAGUAACCCGGCCAUCUGAUUUGGUACAAAAAAAACAGCUAUAGUAAAAUAACCUUCAAAUUGUUAAUGAUUAAAUGGGAAGCGUUGAAUAAAUAAUUUAUAAAUCAUCCUGACAGUUUGAAGUGAAUCACACAAUAGCUGCAACACCUGAAGUAACUGUUUUCAUAUUCAUAAUUGUUAUUGAUUUUUUUUAAUGAUGUGCUCCUUUGAAUGAUUGAAGCUGCUCCUACCUUCAAGACCGCUGAAUACAAUGUGAAAGCAAAUCCUGAAGCACAAAAUCUAUAACAUUAUUUUUUCAAAUAAUGUCUAGAUAAACACUUCCAUAUGGCUUCUUCUAGUUACCUUGAAGCCACACAGAAGAAGGUCUUCUAAAUAUUUGAUCUUAUUCUAUAUACGGUGCACCUUGUGUGAUGCACCUUUUUUAUUAAUGUUUGAAUGAUACAAAUCAUUGAUAGAUCAUUACUAUCCUAUUUGAAUAGAUUUUUAUAUUUUGAAUAGAAUAUAGUUCAUUGUUUUCUCUAAACUAAGCUCUGUUAUUGCAGCCAAUUCAAUUCUGAAGGUGCAAUUAAUUGAAGUGAUGAGUUGAAAAAUAUUUCUGUGAAAGUCUAAUACUGUAUGUUCGUAACUUGACAGUAAAUUGAUCAACAAAUAAAACUGACUAAGAUUGAGUCUUCUCAUAAACUAGACCUCUCAAGUUGUACUCCUUCUUCUGAAUGUGAAAUUUAUUAAUUGAAUAUCAGGAAAUUAUUUUUGUGAGAGUUAGGAAACUAGUGUUGUAAUAUUAAUUUAUAUUUUUAUAAUAUUGAUCCAUUCAAUGUAAUCAUACUAAUAAGUUAUCUGUCAGCUUUCCUUGGUAAGCUAAUAGAGAAUAGUUAUUUUUGAAAAUGGUUGUAUUAAAGUAUACGAGAAUUGUACGUAAUUAGGUAUUGAUAAUUGUAAGGAAAUGCUAUUAAUUCAUUUUUAUGAACAGUACUAUACAAUACACAAAACAAUAAUAGCAUCAUUCAACUUCUUCGGAUUUCAUAAUUAUUGACAAAAAAUCAUUACUUCAAUUCACAAAAAUAGCAUCCAAUUCGAAAAAUGGUGGGUGUCGUAAAAAUAUCAACAAUUCCUCAAAUACAUUUCAUUGUAUUUUUUUCUAGCUACACGUUUAGUAUGAUUUAUUAGACUCAGUUUCCUUGAGGAAGAACCCCUUUGACAUUAGUCAAACCCUUAUUGCUACAUUUAGGUGGAGAAUUUUCUUCACAGUCUUAGAAAAGACAAAUAGAAAGACAAUUAAAGUGAAACAAAGAGCAUUCACAUGUAUUUAUUCUAAAUCUGCUACGGUGAAGAAAAAUAAUUGAAAUGGAAUCACUAUGGAAUAAGAUUGACUAUAAGAGGGUGAAACAAGUAAAUAAAUUAGCUCCUGUUACAGAAGCAUUCAGCUUCAAUGUAUAACAAAUAUAACAGUCUUUAUUAUUAUAUUAAUUUUUCACGAAGCUAAUGGUUUCUUCAAAUCUAAUUCAUUUUUAUUUAGGUUGUUUGAAUAAGAAAUGUUCUUAGAGACUACAGUACUUUUCAAAUCACAAAAGUUCACAACCUGCUUAAUAUUUGGUAAAAGGUCCUAGGUCUCGUUAUAAAUUUAAUAAAGAAGAGUAUUGUAAAUUUAAUAAUUUGAUCCAUCAUUCAUAACUUAAGUUUUGGAAAAUAAUAUUAUUUCAACUUUAGUUCAAGCUUAUGAAAGUGAUCUAUCAAUCAUAUUAUGGGUCUACGAUCAUAUAGAAGUCAAAUUCAUCAACGAAGAAAUAAUUUGAUAACUUUAAAGUGGAAAAUAUAUAGAGUUGUCUUCUUUUCUUCAGAUUUAUUCAUGAUCACUUAAUUGGAAAAAGUUCAUGUUAGGCAAGUCUUCUUGCAGUUUAUAUUGAACUUUAUGAUCAAAUUCAUGAAUAUUUUUCAAAAUAUGUUCAGGAUUUUUAGUUACCUUAUGUACAGUAGUACCCCUAUUUUUAUCAUCUCACUAUUUUAUUACUUCCCAGAGAUGCUCCUCUUCAACUUUCAACUUUGAAAACCAAUAAAACUUGCCUGAAAGUCAUGAAUACAAAUUUCUUUCAAUCUCUCUUUUGACGCAGAUAUUGAUUCUCAUAUAGCUUUCCUAUGGAGAGACUUGGUGACUACAUUCUGCUCUCAAGAAUAUUGGUUAAUGAUUACAUCCCGGGUUCACUGUCUGUUGAGUUUUGUUCACUAUUUCAUUUUACAGAUAUAUUGUUUUAUAAUUCUACAAUAGCGCAAUAUUGGUAAGAGGGUUUUUUGUAAUAUCUAACCAUGGAUGUCUCAAAUGCAAGUACAAUAGAUUUUUCUCAUGUAACUGAGGAGUCUUUUUAAUCAAGAUGAUGAGUCAAACCACAAAUAACAGACCCAAUGACAAGCACUCUCAGUUCGAGACAUAAUUUCCCCACGAUUGAUUAUGAUUAAUGGGAAUUUUGGCGAAUUAAUCAAGACGCUAAGAAUCCAAACAAUUCAAUAUCAAACAACGAUAUCAGGAAAUUUUCCAACCACUUAUGAACUUGACCAACGAGAAACAAUUCAAUCGGUUUUUAUUGUUACAAUGAAUAAAUUAUGUACCACAAAUAUUUCUAAUAAGUUUUAAAUUUCCUCUAAACUCUGUGUAAAAAUUUUAACAUUGUGAUGUUAAUUUGUAUUUUCAAUGUAAAUAAAAGAUAAAACA